CAGCAAUUUAAUCAAUUUCGAGAUGUACUACGCCCAGUCUUACUACUUGCGCAAAUCUUAAGUUUCCAAUCCCGUUCAAGCACCUCGACGAGCGCCACCACAGUCUAGAGUACCUACAUAUGUGGGCAGGCAUGCCAAUGCAUGUAUACCUAGGUACACUACAUAUACUUGGGUAGCCCCAACUCUAGGCUCGAGUCUGUUAACCUGCAUGCAUAUGCCAUAUGUAAAGACGAACCCUCUUCAGAAUUUAGCUCUGCCUUCUCUUUUUUAAGUUGCGGAAGUUGUUACUUGUUUUACUUACCCGUUAGCACCUGUGGACAAUAGCUCUACAACAUACUUGUAUAUCGAUCCUCUGAUACUUUUUAUUUCCCUUUUUCAUUGCGCUGUUUCUCUUAUGGCCUAACCACCAUCUACAACGAUUAAAGCAUAUUUUCCCCCAGCCUAAUCUAUUGUCAGGACGAAUACAAAGUGUCGUCGUCUACCUUCAAGAGUGUCAGUUGCUGUUAUAGAAUUAUCUUGCCGUUCGAUAUUCUCUAUCGUCCAUUAUUACUUCAACUCGUCCCUGUAUCUUGAAUGACGACCGACCUUCUGGCGUCCCGCGAUCUAGGGCCCAGCUAGCCGUCUGGAGAUUGACGAUACCACGAUCCGCAGGACUUAAUGUCAACCCAUUGACCUCUGUUUCAUACAUUCUGGUCCUUAAUUUGAAUAUUAAGCUUCGUCACCUUCGCGUGGCUUAGAUUCGUCAUGUCGGUCAUUUCAGUAAUAAAACGAGGGAGGGAGCAAGCGAAGGAGCACAAAGUGAAGGAGAAUAAUGCGAAGAAGGCUGAGAAAGCGAAGGAAGAAUCUGUCAAGCCACCGUAUAAACAUAUCCCUACGCACGCUGCUGCCGAUGCUUUAUCCGGAGCCCCUGCAUACUGGAGACAAACCGAUAGGCCCAAAAUCAUAGAGCAAAACAGACGCAGGGCUGCCAUGCUGGCAAACCGACCUAAUAUGGUUGGAAUGCCGCGGGUUGGAAGUUCACCGUCUUAUGCUUCAUACGCAGCGGUCCACAACACCCCUAUUGCUCCUCUCCCCAAGAAUUAUAGUCACCCCAACGGCCGCAUCCCCGGACAAGGUCAACCGCCCAACUCCCAGGCAUUGGACUAUUUUAACUACCGUGGAGGUGCAAUGAGUAUCAAGGGGAAGGAAUCCGAAUAUUUACGUCCUCCACCGCUCACAACUCGGGCUCCAAGGCCGCCAUCGGGAUUAUCACAGGGACAAUCUAGCAUCAUAUUGGGUAAAGACAACGACUCAGCACCAAAGAGCACACGCGUAUCUCUCAACGAGAGCUCGAGAAAUUCUAUUGUGUCCGACGAUGGUCUGGAAAUAAAUAAUAAGGCUACACAUCACCAACCUUCAAGUGUUGGUUAUCAGUCGAGCACUUCCCAGAAAAGUUCGUCUUCUAGCGAUAAAUCCAGUCGUACACUUACCGCCAAUUCGCGGACGACUAUCGAGCUUCCUACAAAGACCGAUCGACACUACCCACCUCAUGCCCAAAGCACGUAUUUUUCGGCACCUCGUCCUAUGCAUCGGCGAACGCUUAGUGUGGACUCACCUACUUCAUAUAGCCCGGCUGUUAUAGAGCGGAUGGGUUUGGUAACCCCUUCAUCAAAUACUUCUGCCAAUUUUUCCUCUACUUCCUCUAUCGCAUCAAUUGGAGUUGCUAUCGCGCCACCUCAAGCACCCUACCCUGUUGCUCCACGGUUUAUCUCGCCGCCUACGGAAGAUUACAGUGCUGCGGAACAUGUGUCUACCGGGACAGAAGCUGUCGGCGCAUCCCCUGUAAAGGCGCCAAGAAGAUUUUCGAUAGGGCAUAACAAGCCCUCCCUAGACGCGGAAGCGGAAAAGCCAGCUGGCCAGGUUAUAGCAACUCCCGCUCCGCCGGAACAAAGGAAAAGACGAAGGUUGUCUAAAUCCAAACCACCGGCCGAUAACGGCAGUGAGAUCAAGAUGUCGAUAGAGGCAACACACCCCACUAGACAGAGUGUGACUGCUACCGCCAUCACAACAGAUGAUUCUGUUCAACUAGAUCAUGCUAUACAAGAGAAAAUCAAUCAAACUACAGUAUCGACGUCCGAAACAACGCAAGACACGUCGGAAACGAUAGCCCAAAAACCAGAAACCAAAUCUAGCAAAAAAAGGCGAUGGUUCUCUCGACUUGGUCGCAAGAUACCCCUUAUUACCACUCGCUAAAGCUAUAUCUAAACGGAUGCUUCGCAAUAUACCUAGUUUACGUUCAGUGGAGGAUAUCCUACACAGAUCCAGCAAAAUGGGGCGCCGGUCUUGGGGCAGCCUUGAUAUAUAUUGAUAGUUGGUAAGCCCAUAGCGACAGACUUGUUUAAAAUGAAAUAAUGGAUGACCAAGAUGACUUUUCGUCUCUUGUGUCCCUUAAAGCGCCCAAUUUUUAUUAAUUCUAGUGCCUUACGGGUAGAUCGUAAUCGCUUUCGAUGAGGGCAAAAAAAAGGAUUUAACGUGGUUGGUAAAAUCAUCGGCGCCGAGCAAGGGGAUCCUCGCUACAUUGUAAGGGGAAGGUCGGGACGUUCCGAACCUAUCCCACGUAACACGCCCACGCUAAGGUCCAUGGUGUGUGGUCGAAACUUACUAUGAUAGGCUGGUUUUGACUUGACUGUGCACUACUGAAAAUCUAGAACUCGGACAUUCUAAUCUUAGCUCACAUCAUUCUUGAAA